AUGGAGUGCAGAAAAUUCGAGAUAAAUUUAAUCUCCGCAAUCGAUCUCGAAAAUGUUCGGAGAAUAUGCAAGAUGAAAGUGUACGCUCGAGUUUCGAUCGGGAAUCAGGGUGAUUCGGAGAAGAGAACCCCGGUGGACAGGCAUAGCAGGACGAAUCCUGCAUGGAAUUUUACGAUGAACUAUACCAUAAGUGAGAGUGUAGUGGAACAUCACAGUAGCAUGCUUGUGAUAAAGCUCUACUGCAAAAGAAAGCUGGGAGAUCGAUAUAUCGGUGAAGUGCACUUGUCGAUGAAGGAGCUUUAUGAGUAUGCGUAUCCGUUGGGAGGGAGUGCUAUAGUUAAUUAUCCGGUUCAGAAAGGCUGCGUGAAUUCGCAGGGAUUGCUCAAGUUUUCUUAUAGGUUUGGGGAGAAAGUUAGUAUCGAUAAGUUACUUAUGGCCGAAAGUAUUGGGGUAUGGAGUUCAUGA